AUGAAAAGAGACAUUCGGUUUGAUGUAUGCCUCGAUGCACCUAUUCCCAAUGUAAUAAUUUCACCUAAUCCACCAAUUUCUAAACAAAGUGCUACUUUUAAUAUUUUUGGAACUUUAGAUGAUGAUGUUGAGGAUAAUGGACGACUUCUUAUUAAUUUUGUUGAUCAAGAUGGGAACUCCUUAGGAAAUAAGUCUACCACUCUUGUUUCUCCAACUGUAGCUGGAAAUCCAUUUAAUAUAACAACUAUAGUUGAGGUACCAACUUUAACAAACACAUACUCUAUAGAAGUUUUCAUUGAGAAUCAAAAUG